GCCGGCGAGGGGCCCUCGCCGCUGAGGUGGAGCCGCGGGCCCCGCCGCCGCUCCUGCCCCCUCCCUCCCUCCUCCCCUCCCCCUCCCCUCCGGUCCUGUCUCCAGCGGGAGCGCGAGACGCUGGUCAGGCUCCGCGGCGCAGCUCGAAAAGGAAUAAUCGCCCCCGAUUGACUGAAAUUCCUCCGGAGCCGGCGCCGCGGCCGCCUGCGCCCGAGACCACGCUCCGGGGCCGAGUCCGCCUCUCCUCCGGGAAACGCUCGCGACCCGGGGCCGCCGGCGGCCGCGACUCCGCUCUGCCGAUCGCCUGAGUCCGUUUUCGCCGGUUGCGGGAUCUGGAACCGAGUUACAUGCAUGUCCAGUGGGGGCAGGUUUAAUUUUGACGACGGAGGGUCCUACUGCGGAGGCUGGGAGGACGGCAAGGCGCACGGCCAUGGCGUGUGCACCGGCCCCAAGGGCCAGGGCGAAUACACCGGCUCGUGGAGCCACGGCUUCGAGGUGCUGGGCGUCUACACCUGGCCCAGCGGCAACACGUACCAGGGCACCUGGGCGCAGGGCAAGCGCCACGGCAUCGGCCUGGAGAGCAAGGGGAAGUGGGUGUACAAGGGCGAGUGGACGCACGGAUUCAAGGGGCGCUACGGGGUGCGGGAGUGCGCGGGCAACGGGGCCAAAUACGAAGGGACCUGGAGCAACGGGCUGCAGGACGGCUACGGGACCGAAACCUACUCGGACGGAGGGACCUACCAGGGCCAGUGGGUCGGUGGCAUGCGCCAGGGCUAUGGCGUGCGGCAGAGUGUCCCGUAUGGCAUGGCCGCGGUCAUCCGCUCGCCCCUGAGGACGUCCAUCAACUCCCUGCGCAGCGAGCACACCAACGGCACAGCGCUGCAUCCCGACGCCUCUCCGGCAGUGGCCGGCAGCCCGGCCGUGUCCCGCGGGGGCUUCGUGCUCGUGGCCCACAGUGACUCCGAGAUCCUCAAGAGCAAGAAGAAGGGGCUGUUUCGGCGCUCGCUGCUGAGCGGCCUGAAGCUGCGCAAGUCGGAGUCCAAGAGCAGCCUGGCCAGCCAGCGCAGCAAGCAGAGCUCCUUCCGCAGCGAGGCGGGCAUGAGCACCGUCAGCUCCACGGCCAGCGACAUCCACUCCACCAUCAGCCUGGGCGAGGCCGAGGCCGAGCUGGCGGUCAUCGAGGACGACAUCGACGCCACCACCACCGAGACCUACGUGGGCGAGUGGAAGAACGACAAGCGCUCUGGGUUCGGCGUGAGCCAGCGCUCGGACGGGCUCAAGUACGAGGGCGAGUGGGCCAGCAACCGGCGCCACGGCUACGGCUGCAUGACCUUCCCGGACGGCACCAAGGAGGAGGGCAAGUACAAGCAGAACAUCCUCGUCAGCGGCAAGCGCAAGAACCUCAUCCCCCUUCGGGCCAGCAAGAUCCGCGAGAAGGUGGACCGCGCCGUCGAGGCCGCCGAGCGGGCCGCCACCAUCGCCAAGCAGAAGGCUGAGAUCGCGGCUUCCAGGACCUCCCACUCUCGGGCAAAGGCUGAGGCAGCCCUCACAGCGGCUCAGAAAGCCCAGGAGGAGGCGCGGAUCGCCAGGAUCACUGCCAAAGAGUUCUCCCCUUCCUUCCAGCACCGGGAAAACGGGCUGGAGUACCAGAGGCCGAAGCGUCAGACCUCCUGUGACGACAUUGAGGUGCUGUCGACCGGGACGCCCCUGCAGCAGGAGAGCCCCGAGCUGUACCGCAAAGGCACCACCCCCUCUGACCUGACCCCCGACGACAGCCCCCUGCAGAGCUUCCCCGCCAGCCCCACAGCCACCCCACCGCCCGCGCCUGCCGCCAGGAACAAGGUCGCCCACUUCUCGCGGCAGGUGUCAGUGGACGAGGAGCGGGGUGGGGACAUCCAGAUGCUUCUGGAGGGUCGGGCCGGGGACUGCGCCCGCAGCAGCUGGGGCGAGGAGCAGGUCGGGGGCUCCAGGGGUGUCCGCAGCAGCGCCCUGCGUGUGGACGACCUCCGUGCCCGAGGCUUGGGCCGCAAGCAGCCUGGGAACCCCAAGCCGCGGGAGCGGCGGACGGAGUCACCCCCGGUAUUUGCGUGGACUUCCCACCACCGGGCCAGCAACCACAGCCCCGGGGGCGCCAGGCUGCUGGAGCUGCAGGAGGAGAAGCUGAGCAACUACAGGAUGGAGAUGAAGCCCCUGCUGAGGAUGGAGGCGCAGGAGGCACACCCCCAGAAAAGACGCUACAGCAAGGGCGGGGCCUGCCGGGGCUCAGGGGACGACCACCGCCCUGACGACCGGGGCUUUGGGGUGCAGAGACUGCGGUCCAAGGCCCAGAACAAGGAGAACUUCAGGCCAGCCUCCUCCGCGGAGCCUGCGGUGCAGAAACUGGCGAGCCUGCGGCUGGGCGGUGGGGCCGAGCCCCGGCUGCUGCGCUGGGACCUGACCUUCUCCCCGCCCCAGAAGUCCUUGCCUGUCGCGCUCGAGUCUGACGAGGAGAACGGGGAUGAGCUCAAGUCCACUACGGGCUCAGCUCCUAUCCUGGUGGUCAUGGUGAUCUUACUCAACAUCGGAGUCGCCAUUCUGUUUAUUAACUUUUUCAUCUGAUGAGAUUGUCGCGGCAGCAAAAAUAGAAAAACGGUAGGAAAAGGGGACAUCAAAAGCAACACCACAAGCAGGGAAAGACCGCAACUCGGACAGCCCAGCGACUUCCAAGUCCUCUCACAGAAGAACCACAUGAUUGGGUAUCACUCACAGUUUGCCUUUUUUUCUGGGUAAUGUCUUUUGGAUUUUAGCCAAAAUUCUUUGCUUGUAUAACACUCUGCUGUGUGGCAUGGCAGAAGGAGGCCAGCACGCAGCCCCUCCAGCUCCAGGUGGAAAGAGAUUCCAGCACAUCUGUGGUAACAAAGGAUGUCAUCCUCGUGGUCACAUGUCCCAGCUUGGGUGUGGAUGGAGGGCAGCCCCCUGAGCACCUAGCUCCCAUCGACGAGAGUGGAUUCGCUGCUUCCUCUUUCUAGAACAGAUGGGUGACAAGUACGGGUGGGAGGCGUGGGGCAGGUGGCCCACCACUGUAGGCAGUAGCCUGGCCUUUCUCUGAGAUCUGUGCUGUACAACGAGGAGGGGGAGGGACCUGCUGCCUCCUCCCCAAGACACGGAUGCAGGCCCUUCCCUCUUCUCGGCACUGCCCCCCGGCCUUCCGUGAGAAGCCGACUCCCCACACUGAGUUUUAUAAAGCAGAGCCCUUUUCUUCUGCUGCCCAUUCGCUGUGGGCCCCAUUUGGCUGUUCCCCCACCAGACCCCAGGGAAGCCAGGCCCACUGCGAUCCCGGAAGCCAAGGGGCUGUGCCCUGGAGUCGGCCUCGUGCCAGGGCUCUGGGUGUGCGCUUGGCGUGUGGGGUGGACGCAUGGGCUUCCGUGUCCCCAGCAGUGAGGGCCCUCCAGGACGCCUUCUCCCCUGGUUACUGACCUCCACGGGUUUUCACAUCUUUGUACUGUGCCUGCCUCAACUUCCCCAACAGAUAUGCAUAUUCUUUCCAGAUGCCUCAGUGCUACACCAGAGCGGGCCUGGUCCCAGGACAGGAAUGCGGUUCCACCCAGUGGCUUGAGACUUCCUGAGAAACUGUAGCAUAUCCAACACCUCCCCAAAAAUGUACAAUGUAACUUGUUUCGGUCCAAAGCAGGUUCCUUAUGUUUCUGCCUUCCCCGCCAGGGUCACUCCAUCACCCACACAAAGGAACAAGGUUUGCCAAGAUGUCCGAGUGCCCCGUGGCCUUGGCUCUCAUGUGCAUGGAUGUGCCUGAGGGGUCCGGGCACGGCCACACAUGGGGCCCUGUGCCUGGGGGGGCGCUGCAGGGGCUCCCCGUCUGGCCGUCCUGGGGCCACAGCCCGCCUUCUGGACUCUGCCUUGCUUUGCUUAUGUUGAGCUGUUUCUCUGCUGCCUUUCCAGCAGACUUCUUUACUACACUGCACUGGAUUGCUAUAUUUUUAACCAGAAAUAAACUAAAGAUUAGAGCAUGUUCCAGUUAAA